GACGCAAAGCUUAUCUCGUGAAGCUUUUCUCUGCUUCCUUCCUCUUCCCCUUUAUAUCCUCCCUUUAAUUUCCCUACCCUUCUGGCAUUCUUCAAAACACUCCCUCUUUCUAAUGCCCACCUUAACCACCACUACAACUUGAUCAAAUUCUUGUGAUUCUUUUUGGGGCGGGCUUCAUCCAUAUUUUUCCUUAUUUUGGGGGCUAGGCAGUCCCUCUUUUUGCAUGAUCCAUUUGUUUUUGUUCAUUGAGAAAGUAUGAGUAACACAAUGAUCCCAAGAGUGAAGGUCAUGGUUUAUUUGGUCUACGACCGGGGUUAAACUGGAUCCGACCCGUUCACAACUUUUUUGUGUGCCCUUUAUUAUUUUGUUCAUAAUACAAAGUAGAAGAAGAUUUCUCCUUGCAAUUAAAUUCAUGGAAGAGGGUGGUGUUGUGUGUGGUUUUUAAACCCAACAUCCAUAUACAUCUUCUCUUUCUUUAUUCAUUGUAAUUUCCAGUCAUCUUUGGAUGUGAUGAAGGAAAAGGGUAAGAAGGGCUUGAUAGUCAAAACCUGGGAGCGAUGCAAAUCAAUAGGCCGUGGCCGCAACUUGACUACUACUACUACUACUAUGGUGCCUGCUCUGACAAUCAAGAGCAGGUCCUGCCCGCAUAUCAACCUCGGGGUCCCCGAAAGGGAAGAGAAGCGCGCCAGCAGGCGCCAAGUCGCUCCCGAGGGCUGCUUCUCCGUCUACGUGGGACCCCAAAAGCAAAGGUUCGUGGUGAAAACCGAAUAUGCAAACCAUCCUCUCUUCAAGAUGCUACUUGAAGAAGCUGAGUCGGAAUUCGGGUACGACAGCCAAGGUCCUCUUGUGCUGCCUUGUAACGUUGAAGUGUUCUACAAGGUGCUGAUGGAAAUGGACGAUUGUGGUAACCCAAAGGUUCCUCAAGGGUGUGGCUUGGCUAAGCGUUAUGGCUCUUACCAUCUUCUUAGCCCGUCUCGGAUGGUUGCUAUAAAUCAGUUCUGAUUAUAAUGUGUAUUAAUGGUGUAGCUUGCUUGGGUUGUAUGUAUUUGCGUUUGCAAUAA